GCUCGCAAUGAGUCGUCGAGCCAUGGGUGUUGUUGCACCAUACCAACGAUAAGCCUGUCUUCCCCAUCACAUCAUGAAAGGUCAUGUUGAUGUUCAUUUAACCUCUGUCUCUCUCUUUGUCCUCUGUCUCUCUCUUUCUCCUCAGACCUCCAGGCUCAAAGCGUCAGUCCACCAGCUGAACUCUCAGUCAGACUGGUGAAUGGGACCACUUCCUGUUCUGGGAUAGUGGAAGUCUUCUACAGAGGAGAGUGGUUGGGUCUAUGUCCUGGUGGGUGGAGAAUAAUGAGAGAGACUAAGGUUGUGUGUAAAGAGCUGGACUGUGGGGAUGUUGUAGCUGAAUCUAGAGGUCUGAUUGAAGAUGGAAGAAGAGGAGUCAGACUAUAUAGUUGUAGUGGAGAUGAGUCUUCUAUUAGACAGUGUGGCGUCAUAGGAGGACCUGGUUUCUGUGAUGGUGGAUCUUAUCAUCAUGUGAUCUGUUCAGAGUCUGUGCGGCUUGUGGAUGGAGCUGGUCUCUGCUCUGGGAGAGUGGAGGUGAAGUCCAAUCAGUCCUGGGCCUCAGUGUGUGAAGCUGACUUUGACCGGCAGGAUGCAGAGGUAGUCUGUAGGGAGCUUGGCUGUGGGGCUCCUGCAGCUCUACAGGGGGGGCUCUAUGGAGAAGGUGAGGGUCAGACCUGGGAUAAAGAGUUCCAGUGUAAAGGCAAAGAGUCCCUUCUCCUGGACUGUGACACCUCAGACAGAGAGAACAACACCUGCCUACCUGGUAAUGCUGUUGGACUCAUCUGCUCAGAGCCUGAUGAUGUGAGGCUGGUGGGAGGAGGCAGUCGCUGUGCUGGUGGAGUGGAGUGGUACGACCAGGGAGAGUGGAGGACUGUGGGAGCUGAUGACAGGGCCCAGAGGGAUGUAGCUGCAGUAGUGUGUAGACAGCUGGGUUGUGGCUCCACUAUUUCAGUACCACCUGGAAAUACCAUUGGAGAGAUUAGAGUUUCCUGUUCUGGGCCUGAGUCUUCACUGAGGGAGUGUUGGAGAAGUUAUUAUCUCCGUCUUGGACUCACAGUGAUCUGCUCAGAUCUCCUGGUCCAGCCUGAUAUCUUCCUGACUGACCCAAUGGGAGGGGUCUCCAGGGGCCACCAGUGGCCCGAGAUGUUCAGGGGCUACAACUUCACCAUCACCUGCUCCACUCAGCCACAGUACCCAGGAGGCUCCUUCCUCCUCACAUUCACCGGCUCCAACAGAACCCAAACCCAGCCAGCUGUCAAUCACUCUGCUGCCUUCCUCUUCCCUGCUGCAGAUGACUCCCACCAAGGGAACUACAGCUGUGUUUAUGACAAUUAUGUUUUCUCUCAUAACUUCUCCUCUGAGAGUGAGCUCCUCCCCCUCGCCAUCACAGCCUCUCCUCUGCCAGCCUUCAUCAUCAGACACGUUGUAGUGCUGCUGAUCCUACUGACAACCAUCACCACCUCCUACCUGUACUACAAGGUAAAGACAUUUACUCAGACGUUACAAGUCAUUUAAACUAGAGGGUGAGGGAGAGGGAGAGAAUGGAGAUACUAGAGAGUAAAUGUCUGACUGUUGGUGCUGUGUCUCUCUAGCCCACCAGGAGGCAGAAGAGAGUGAACAGGGUGAGCAGCAUGGAUCUUUAUGUCAAUGCCAUGGAGAUGGUCUCUCUGAGCUCCAGAGCUGAAGCUGGACCGGGAGAGGAGAGAGCAGCCCAGGGGACGGAGUAGGAGUAGAAUGAAUCUGACCCUACAUGCUGAUCUUAGGUCAGUUUUGUGUUUUAAAUCGAUGGUCUGCAGUGGACUGGUGUUUAAAAUGUGGUGACAAACCUGAAGUGAUUUUAAUUUUAAUAGUAAGUUCAGAAUUAGUUUAUCUUUCUAGAACCUUGGAAGAAAUCUAAAAGGAGUGACUGCAACCACCAUUAUUCAUUUAGUUUGGUUUUUACCACCAGAGUAACAUGGGUUUUGAGUAACAUGGGGUUUUGGGUAACAUGGGGUUUUGGGUAACAUGGGGUUUGAGUAACAUGGGGUUUUGGGUAACAUGGGGUUCUGGGUAACAUGGGGUUUUGGUAACAUGGGGUUUUGGGUAACAUGGGGUUCUGGGUAACAUGGGGUUUUGGUAACAUGGGGUUUUGAUUAUUUUAAGAGAGAAGCUCAAUUACGUAUGAAUGUAUGAUUUUUGAUGUUGUCUUCAUUUAUUUAUCUUAUUUAGUGUCUCUUAGAUUCUUUAUCUUAUUUAGUGUCUCUUAGAUUCUUUAUCUUAUUUAGUGUCUCUUAGAUUCUUUAUCUUAUUUAGUGUCUCUUAGAUUCUUUAUCUUAUUUAGUGUCUCUUAGAUUCUUUAUCUUAUUUAGUGUCUCUUAGAUUCUUUAUCUUGAAGUGUUUCCAUUAUUAGUCCAGGUAUUAUUAUAAUCAUCUGUUCAUUCUUUGUAUUUUGAAACAUUUUUUAAUAAAGGGGUUUGUUGUUGUUUACCUCUCAUGAUGUUAUUAAUUAUAAAUGUUAUGAUAUUGAUUAUUGAUUAUGAUGUAGAUUAGUGUUAUGUUGUUAGUAGUAUAGAGAUAAUGAUGUUAUUGAUUAUAAAUGUUAAUGAAUGCUUUUAAUAAAAUUACAGGUUGUCA